CAGAGAGAGAGACAGGCGAGGGAGGGGCCGAGGUGUCAGGGUUCACUCAUAAACUCACUGAAGGUUGCUGUGAUGUCAUCAGGUGAGCCUCUAGGCGUACACACCGAUUCUCAGGUGAUCUCGGCUGUUUGUCUUCAACCCGUCUCACCUGUCUUACUUCACCUGAACGUCGUCUUUCUGAGGAAGCAGUCACUCAGCAGCAGGAACAACAUGGAGUCGAGAGAGGAGGAGCCUGAGGAAGACACACAGAGAUCCUUUCUGGAAGAUGAAGAUCCUGAGAAUAUCCAGCCCCCCAACAGUACUACUACUACAAGUACUACAACAGCUGAUAGUCCUUCAGCUCUGGGCCCAAAUCUUGCUGCAGCAACAGAUGCUCAAUCAGAUGACGAGGAAACAGGAGAAAAACCACUCAUUGCUGUGGCAAGUACAAAGAGGACAGAAGAUGAGGAAGAGGUGGAGGAAGAAUGUGGGGGAAAAAUAUCUGCUGGAAGUGAGGAGGGUGAGGAAGACGAGGGGUGUAAGGAGGCAGAUGAACUCCACAAGGUGUCUGAUGUCAAGCCAGGUGGUGCUGAUUCAGAGGACAAAUCACUGACGCCCACCAGAGACAGACCAGCUCCUCCCAGCACUCUGGCUUUGUCCAGCCCACAACCAGUGAAGAAGAAAGUCCUGAUGGCUCCAACUCUCAGUCUGUCCUUAGGUCGCAGUGAGUCCACGGUCUCUGAUGAUCUGCCCUCUGUCUUCCUUUCCCCUUCACCUGAAGAUGAAGAUGACACGGCACUUGAUUUUGAUCUGGAUGCUAUGGAGACGCCCUCUGACAACGAAUCGCUGGCCUUCCCCAUGUAUGACCUAAACGUGGAAGACGACCUGCGGCGUCUCGGAGUCGCUUCCAGUCGCCAUAGAGGUCACAGCUCCAGCCCCAGGCCCAGGUCUGACUCUAAGACCGGUUCCCUGCUGGAGACAGACCAGAGCGGACUGGGCUUUCUGGAAAGGGAGGAUGUGGUGGACAGCCAAGGCAUCAAGUGGCGCUGUUUUGCCACAGGUGACCCUCCACAGGAGAGCCGGGCCAAUAUGAGCGUCCUGGAGCCAUUUCUCAGGGUGCUGUCUCAUGGAGGUUACUAUGGAGACGGUAUGAAUGACAUCAUUGUGUUUUCCUCCUGUUACCUGCCAGAAAACAGUCUGGAGAAUUACCAGUAUGUGAUGGACAAUCUGUUCAGGUUUGUGGUGGGGACUCUGGAGCUAAUGGUGGCAGAGAACUAUGUGAUUGUGUAUCUCUGUGCGGGAGGUCAGAAGGAAAAACUGCCGGGAAUCAGCUGGCUCAGAGAGUGUUACACCACCAUCGACCGCAGGUUGAGGAAGAACCUGAAGGGUUUCUAUGUGGUUCAUCCCACCUGGUAUAUUAAAGCACUCAUCACCAUCAUCAAACCCUUCAUCAGCACCAAGUUCAGCAGGAAGCUUCAGUUCAUCAACAGCUUAAAGGAACUCUCUAAUGUCAUCCCCACUGAGCAUGUACAGAUCCCAGACUGUGUCAGACAGUAUGAUGAGAAGCGGUCCAGGUGAGACUCCAGGUGGUGCUGCAGAGUCAUGUUUAUGUAAACCUGUUCCUCUGUCAUCCAGCAGGGGGCGCCUCAGUCUCAUGUGAUGAGACUGUGUCAGCGUUUGAGCAUCCUGGAUGUAUCAGAAUCACUUUUCUCAAGACUUUUAACUUUAUCGACAGUCCUUCUGGUGAGCAGUGUUAACAGGGACUUUUGGGUCCAAGAACUUCACACUUUAAAUAUAAAAUAAGGGUCCUGCAUCCUGCUAUUUCAACGUAGAUGUGACAUGAGCCAGGAAAGAACAAGUGCUCCCUGAGAUUAUAACUUCAUUUCUGUCUGAUUUUAACCUAAACACAUGAGUCACUGUGCAUUUCAGCGUCCCUGAAGAAUCCAGUUAUGGACAGUUACAAUUUUGUUUGUGGAACUUAAAGUAUUAAGAUAAAAGAUGAGUGAUAUAAAACACUUCUCCCUCUGAAAUCCAGGUUCUGUAUGGUGGGUCUUUAAAGGGAACAAACCUUAGAAAGAUAUACAAACAUUGUCACUCAAGUUUAAGUUUAAAGUCAGAACUUUGAGAGGUCUCAGUGUCAGGUAUUUUCAGUCAAAGGGUUUCAUUUUUAAAAAAAGGUUUUUAAGGGUUUUGACACAUUUCCUGACACUUUCAGAGUUGAACUAUCAACCCUGCCUGCAGUCAUUCUUUGCUUUAAAAUUAAAUGUUCUGGGCUGCUGAAUAAACUCGUGAUGGUUCUGUAAUCCGG